CCAGGCAGAACCCAUGUCGGGGGCGGGAGCGAAACGGGGGGCCGGUGAUGGGGGGGGCGGCCCCCCCGAGAAGAAACCCCCCCGUGAGGAACAGCCCCCCACUACCCUCAUCGAACCUCUGCGUCUCGGCGGCAUCUCCUCCACGGAGGAGAUGGACCUGAAGGUGCUGCAGUUCAAGAACAAGAAGCUGGCCGAGCGGCUGGAGCAGCGGCAGGCCUGCGAGGACGAGCUCCGCGAGCGCAUCGAGAAGCUGGAGAAGCGGCAGGCCACCGACGACGCCACUCUCCUGCUGGUUAACCGCUUCUGGGGGCAGCUGGACACGGAGGUGCAGGCGCUGCUGCGGCGCUACGAGGGGGAGGGGGGGGCACCCCCUGCCCCCCCCGGGGAUCCCCCGAACCCCGACCUGAGGGGCCCGAACCCCCCCCAGCCCCUCCCGGUGAGACGAGGGUGCCGACAGGAGGGAGCCGUGGGGGGGUCCCGGCGCUCCCCCACCCCCCCCUCCACCCGCCGCCCCCCCGCCCCCCCCGGAGGAGUUGGGGGGCGUUUGGGGGGUCCGGCGGCGGCUUUCGUGGCGGCGCUGAGCCGCAGCGGCCCCGAGGAGGGGGAACUGCGCCUGCGCCCGCGUCUGGCCUUCGCCCCCGCCGCCGUCGCCCGCCUGGUGGAGGGGUUGGCGGGGGCCACCGCCGCGCCCAGGAGAUGGGUGCCCGUCUGGCCGCCCGCCUUUGAGAUGCUGAACGCGGAGCUGGAGGGGAACCAGGAACUGGCCAACAGCCGGAUGGCGGAGCUGGAGAAGCUGCAGCAGGAGCUCCAGCAAGCCGUGCAGCACGAGCGCCUCAAGGUGGCCCUGCGCUCGCUGCCGGAGGAGGCGGUGAAGGAGACGCUGGAGUACAAAGUGCUGCAGUCACAGUUCUCCCUCCUCUACCACGAGAGCCUCCAGGUGAAGACGCAGCUGGACGAGGCUCGCGCCCUCCCUGCCACCAAGAACAGCCACCUGCGCCACAUCGAGCACAUGGAGAGUGACGAGCUGGUGCAGAAGCGGCUGCGGACGGAGGUGAUCCAGCUGGAGGACACGCUGGCGCAGGUGCGGAAGGAGUACGAGAUGCUGCGCAUCGAGUUCGAGCAGAACCUGGCGGCCAACGAACAGGCGGGGCCCAUCAACCGGGAGAUGCGGCACCUGAUCAGCAGCCUGCAGAACCACAACCACCAGCUGAAGGGCGACGUCCAGCGCUACAAGCGGAAGCUGCGGGAGGUGCAGGCCGAGAUCAACAAGCUCCGCCUCCAAGCCAGCGGCGCCCCGCCCCCUCAAGGCAGCGCUCCGCCCCCUCCGCCCCCACCCACCGCCGCUGCCCCGCCCCCAGAGGAGACCACGCCUACCGGGGGAGCCCCGGGCCCCGCCCCCGCGCCCCCCCCGGCGCAGCCCCCUCCGCUCCGGGUAAAGGAACCCCCCCCGGUUCCCCCCCGUCCCCCCGGAGCUUCCCGGGGGGUUCCGGAUCGGGAACGGGAACGGCUGCGGGAGCGGGAGCGCCCCAAAGGUCCCCCGGAGGAAGGCAAGAAGAAGGAUUCGGAGGUCCUCAAGCAGCUGCGGGGGGAGCUCAAGAAGGCGCAGGAGAGCCAGAAGGAGAUGAAGCUGCUGCUGGACAUGUACAAGUCGGCCCCCAAGGAGCAGCGGGACAAGGUGCAGCUGAUGGCGGCCGAGAGGAAGAGCAAGGCGGAGGCGGAGGAGCUGCGGGGACGGGCGCGGGAGCUGGAGGAGCGGGAGCGGCGGGAGAGCAAGAAGCUGGCGGACGAGGAGGCCCUGCGGCGCCUGCGCCACGCCGAGGAGCAGAUCGAGCACCUCCAGCGCAAGCUGGCCGCCACCAAGCAGGAGGAGGAGGCGCUGCUGUCGGAGAUGGACGUGACGGGUCAGGCCUUCGAGGACAUGCAGGAGCAGAACCUGCGGCUGCUGCAGCAGCUGCGGGAGAAGGACGACGCCAACUUCAAGCUGAUGUCGGAGAGGAUUAAGGCCAACCAGAUCCACAAGCUGCUGCGGGAGGAGAAGGACGAGUUGGCCGAGCAGGUCCUCGCCCUCAAGGCUCAGGUGGACGCCCAGUUGCUGGUGGUGCAGAAGCUGGAGGAGAAGGAGCGGGGGCUGCAGAGCAGUCUGGCGGCGGUGGAGAAGGAGUUGGCCCUGCGCUCCCAAGCUCUGGAGCUCAACAAGAGGAAGGCGGUGGAAGCGGCGCAGCUGGCGGAGGACCUGCGGGCGCAGGGGGAGCACGUCCAGGCGCGGCUGCGGGAGCUGCAGGCUUGCGCCACUGAGAACCGGGCCGCCAAGGACAAGGAGUCCCUCAGCCUCAAACGGGCCCAGGAGGAGCUGUCGCAGCUGCGGCGGAAGCUGGAGAAGCAGCGGAAGGUGGAGGUCUACGCCGACGCCGACCAGAUCCUCCAGGAGGAGAUCAAGGAGUAUCGGGCCCGCCUGACCUGCCCGUGCUGCAACGCCCGCAAGAAGGACGCCGUCCUCACCAAGUGCUUCCACGUCUUCUGCUUCGAGUGCGUCAAGAGCCGCUACGACACGCGCCAGCGCAAGUGCCCCAAGUGCAACGCCGCCUUCGGCGCCCACGACUUCCACCGCGUCUACAUCAGCUGAGCAACCGCGGCACCCGCGGGUGCUCUCCCCAACCGGCUGCGGGAGCUCCCUGUCCGACCACAGGGCCGCGGAGGUGGGUCAACGCCACCUUGGAGGACCGUGUUUUUCCUCGUGUCUGUGUUUGUUGAACCCCAUGUUGGUCCUCAGCCACCCAUGGGUGCCCUGUGAGACUUAUGGGUGCCCCAUCGCAACACACAGCACCCAUGGGUGCCCCAUG